ACCAAAACAACAAGCGUCAGUUGUUUCGCGUCUCUCGUCCAGAAAACUCAACGUGUCUCUCCGCGUUUCAUACGUUUGCUAAUUAAGAGCUCGCUCACAAAAUUAGAUGUAUAGAUUGCAGUAAUCAAACGAUAAGAACAUUACUUCCAUUAGAUAGUAUUUACUUUGAUUAACUUUCUUAUAUUUUGGUGUCUAAAUUCAACCAGUAGAUUAUGCGCUUGAUAUCAAUUUGUGUUAAAUAAAAGGACUAACAACUACUUAUAGCGUAUAUAAGACGAGUUUAUCAGGACUGGAUUUAGGAAUAGCGUGACGAUGAUUCAGACACUGACACAUCGUCCCAACUGCAGUCCUCUAGUGGUGUUUAUGCUACUAUUAAUUGACCACCGACUCUUUGUGGAUACAAGUGUUCCAGUACUGCAAAAUCCGUCAGAUGAAUACACCAAAUACGUACCGAUCGAGGAACUGAAAUUGCCAGAGGAUCAGGAACUGGUUGUCCGACUGCCGUCAAACUCACUGCUCAAAUACACAUCCUACAAGGAUGUAUCCAUCCUACAUUUUGAUGUUCCACCCGAUUCUCGGACUGCUUACUUCACCUUCAAAGCGUUCGAGGAUCCCAAAAGUGCCUUUCAACGAAAGUGUAAGCCCAAGGAUGUCACUUUGCAUCUAAAGGCGAGCAGUUACCCAGUAAUAAGUCCAGAAAACAUAACAUUUCCCAAGAACUUCUUCACUACAGAUCAGAGAUUCAAGGUGUACGACCUGCAGUUUCUAUCUGAUGAGCAGCAACAGCGUAUUACCAUAGAAGGACCUCACGUAGGCAACUGGUUUGCAGUGGCAUUUGUGAGUUGGUCAGAUCCCAAUAACGACCGCAUUGAACAACAAGGACUCACUGCCUCAUGUGACACACUUUUGUCUGCCGAAAUGUCGGUGUCCCGCUUCCGUCCGAUAAUCAUAAACAAUGGCCAGGAACACCAGGAUAAUCUAACGAGCCAUUUUCUUCCCAAGCUUAAUGGAGCCAACGAAACCAAUAUCAAGGAAGAACUCAACGCAUCCAGACCCCUCCGUUCAGUGCCGCCCAAACAACAGAAACAUAAGCCCCCAGUUGUCGUCAAAUCCGAAUACAUUUCUGAGGGCGAUUCCAACGGAGCUGCUCAAUUUCGGAAUAUCACGGAAAACCACAACAGCACACGGACCGCAAACAAUGAAAUCAUUUACAGAUUCUAUGUGCCAGACGACAUAGGCGAUGCUACGGCCCGGAUAACGUUCGACCAAGUGUGUGACGACUGUCCGGCGGUGGGCUUCCAUGUGCGGGCCAAUGGAUACCCACUGGGAGGUACGGAUCAUGGUCACGGCUCCAUUAUCCGGCCAAACCAGACCACGGAAAUCUCGAUUCCUUUCGGCGUGCAGCCAAACUCAUGGCAUUAUGCCCUGCUUACUUUUGUCAAUGGGGCGGAUGCAUCGGAAAUACCUACAGAGAUUUACAAUAGCACUGCAAAUCACAGCUUAUCCUAUUCCCUAUUAAUUGAAUACAAUAUGGAAGAGCCGGCUAGCCUGUUGGAGAAACCCAAGAGUGCGGUAAACAAUUCCAACAGUUCCAUUCCCAAUCCCUGGGAGCCAACCAAGUUCCGCCAAAUGAACUUUUACUCGCUGCUGCGGCAAACGUACCGCGAAUUCUUUAUGUUCGACUAUGAUCUCCGGCCGGAUGUCAAUGGCACGGUCCCUGAAACCCUCAAUCUCACGACCCAGACUCCUUCGGGCUUCGCCUUUGACCUGGGCGAGGUGUCCGAUAUCGGCGGUACCCUAACAUUUGCUAUUUCCAUGAAAGAGGCACAUCGCGCGAGUUUGAGGAUGAGCCAACCCACGCAGUCACCGGAUUUGGGGGGCAUUCUGGCCGAGAGGCUGAUCGGGGAUCCCAAGGAGGAGGUUGUUACCGCCAUCCCCACGUCCAGCAACCAGAGCAUGCAGAUUGUGGUGUGCAUGCAGCUGGGCGAGCCGGGCAAACCGGAAUACCCGGACAAGUGCCGCUACGGACAGCGGCUGAAGCAGGCCUCCAUUGUUGUUAACCACACGGAGAACAUGGGCCUGGUCCACAUACCCUUUCCCGAGAGUGGACGAUGGUAUGUGACCAUGGGCUUGUUCUGCCACGGAUCCGGAACUGCUCGAGUGUCGAUCAUGGAGAGUGUCAAGGAGUUUAUCAGGGAGCACCUGGACAUGCUGGCGGAAAUGCAAUCCCCCUGCGGCUGUGCAGCAUCCGUUCCCCGGUACGCCGCCUGCAUAAGAUCGCCGGAGUGCCUGGAUGCGAUGAACGAGACCGAGACCCUGAAGGUUAAGGAGUGCAUUAUGGAAGGCAAUUGCAGCGGCAACUCUAAGCAGAUGACGCAGCUCUUCGUGGAACACCACAAGGCGGCGAUGGAGCAGCACGUGGUGCUGGAGGACUGCAACACAUCGGUGGUCUUUUCAGUAUCCUCCAGUCCCUGUGUGGCGGGGAGAUGUGGACGCUUCGGGCGUUGCUAUCACUACAUGUCCGGUGGCUUCGUCUUCUCCACUUGCGUCUGCUCCAAGGGCUAUCGCGGCUGGGAUUGCACGGAGGACUCCCAGGUGCCCACCAACAUGUCCAUCCUGCUGGCCACGCUGCUGCUCACGCUGAGCAACCUGCUCUUCUUCCCGAGCAUCUACAUGGCCAUCAAGAGGCGCUACUACACCGAGGGUGUCAUCUACUUCUUCGCCAUGUUCUUCUCGAUCUUCUAUCAUGCCUGCGACGCUGGCGAGGAUGAGUACAGUUUCUGCCUGGUGAAGAUCGGGGUGCUGCAGUUCUGCGACUUCUACUGCGGCCUGCUGAGCAUCUGGGUGACCCUGGUGGCCAUGGCCCAUGUCCGGCCGGAUUUGGUAUCGCUGCUACACAUGUUCGGAGCCAUCCUGCUGGCCUUUGGCACGGAGCUGAACAAGCAGAGCUUGUGGGUAUUCCUGGCGCCGGCUCUCACGGGAAUCUGCCUGAUCUCGACCAGCUGGGGGCUGCGAUGUGCCAAGUCCCGCAAGCUGUUCCCCUCGCGAAGGUACCUCUCGGUGUGGCUGCCCUUUGGACUCACCCUCGUGGUCGCCGGUCUGGUCUGCUAUGCUUUCCUGCAGACCAAGCAGAACUACCACAUCGUCCACUCCAUCUGGCACAUGGUGAUGGCUCUGAGCAUCUUGUGCCUGCUGCCCUCCAAAAAAUCCUUCCUGCCGAAGUGCUAGCACGCGGAGUACAGUUCCCACGCUCGGGAGCUCCUGCUGGCCCAGGAUCAGGAGUUUCACAUGUGAGACUGGUGACUUCGUGUCUACAUGAGAUGCAGGACAUCAUAGCUUUCCCUCGCUUCCCAGGCGAACAACGUUACAGGACCUUAUCCAGGACGGAACUAGACUAAACCCUUUCUUAGUUUGUACAUAAUAAUACUCAUAGAAGUAGUUGGUAAGCAGAAGAGAUCACGGAAUUGAUCACCUGAGCACUGAACGUUCAGUUACACUAUGCACGGAUAUAUAGAUGGAUAUAGUUACUUACUCGUUAUGAUGUUUGUUUACCUAUCCUUUGCCAUACAAAUCUAUUCACUAAGGCCUACAAACAUUUAAUUUCUUGAAACUAUUUCAACAGCCUUACUA